GGGGCGCCGAUCGUACGCAAAAGGUCAACCGUGACGAGGAAAAGCCGAGGAGAUCUCAAUAGUUUGUUUCAGCCUGCUGUAUCUGUUCAGGGGUAUAUGUAUAUCAACUGCCCUUUUUUCCUUUUUGCUGUUCGUCAAACCACUCGUUCGUACAGUGUACGCAGGACUUUCGUUCUUUUCCAUUCCUUAUUCAUUCUUUUGAUUUUCAGUCACUCCUUUGAACUACAUAUACCAGCAAAAUGAAGAACGUCGCCAUUCUCGCUCUUACCACGGCUGCCUCUGCCGCCGCAGCCAACAGCUGCUAUCAGUCCCUUGGUGCCGAACCUCUUGUCCUCCCGGGCUCGACGUUCCUCACCAACUCCUACUGCCAGACCCUCUGUAUCUCGCGCAACUACGCCGUCACUGCGACCAAGGACGGCAAGGAGUGCGCUUGUGUUAAGGAGUUGCCUAGCAAGGACCUGAAGGCGGAUGAGAAAGAGUGCUCGGUGCCCUGCCCGGGCUAUGCAAGUGACAAGUGCGGCGGCCCUAACGCCUGGACCGUUACCGUCCCUCAGGCCCCUAGCUCCGGUGCCAGCUCCAGCUCUGCCGCUGCCCCUACUGCCUCUGUCGUCCGCCGCUCCGACCACCCAGCUUGGUUGGACUCGGGUUCCAGCGACUCUUCCUCGUCCGACUCUUCCUCGUCCGACUCCGGCUCUGACGACUCUUCCUCGUCCGACUCUAGCUCUGGCGGCUCCGCCGCCGCUGGCGUUGGCCCUGCUGUCUCCGCUUCCCCCUCCUCGGACUCCUCUUCUUCCGAAACUACCGGCUCGGCCUCCUCUGAAUCCACCGGCUCUGCCUCUGCCUCCGCCAGCACGGAGGACGGCAUCGUCGUUGACUCGGAACCCACCUCGUCGUCUUCGUCGGACUCUGAUGCCGCUGCCACUACUUCUUCCUCCGACUCGUCUGAAGAGAAGUCCACCGCUGCCGCCGCGACCACCACCGCUGCUGGCAACGACGCCGCGACCACCACUGCUGCUGGCAGCUCUGCUUCUGCCACUGGCAGCAGUGACUCGGACUCGGACUCCAACGCUACCCAGACUACUUCCAUCCCCAACACCCUCCUGACUGCUCCUUCGAGCACGGGCAGCAGUGCUUCGGCCUCGUCUUCCUCCAGCUCUGGAUCUUCGUCUUCGUCUUCGUCGAGCUCUGACUCAGACUCUUCUAGCUCGUCCGACUCGAGCUCCAGCUCGUCUGCUUCGGCAUCGCCUAGCUCGACGGACAGCGCGGCUGGUCGUGUUGAGGGCGCUUCGUUCUCGAUGGUCGGUGCUGUUAUGGGUGUUAUGGUUGCUUACUUGCUGUAAACAGCCCACCUUUGACUUUUUACGGUACCUUAUUUUAUCCUAUCCUAUUCUACCUUUGAAUUAGGGGAGGUCGGGUGUAGUGCAUGUGCACAGGGACAAGAAAGCGCCGGUGUAAAGCAGGUGCACAAUGCAGGGCAGGCAUUCCCUUCGUUUUUGUAUCAUUCUUAUAUUUUUAUCUAUUUUAUAUACCUUUUUGAUUUGACUUGAUUUUUAUGAUUUGAUU